AUGUCAUUCAGCUACAACGCUGGGAUAAGCGCGUGCGAGAAAGGCAAGCAGUGGAAGCGGGCUCUAUCGCUGCUUAAGGAGAUGCGGGAGUCUUGGUCGGAGCCCACUGUCAUCAGCUACAUCGCUGGGAUCCGCGCGUGUGAGAGAUGCGGCCAGUGGUGGCAAGCCUUAUCGCUGCUCAGCGAGAUGCGGGAUAACAAUUGGGAGCCCAACGGAAUCAGUUACGAUCUGGUCAUCACAGCGUAUGAGAGGUCAUCUGGCGACUCGGCAGGAUUUCCGGGCUCUGUUCAGACUGGCCUCUCGCGCUUUCGAUCAUCCCACGAGGCGCUGUGA